AUUAGCACUGAAAAAUUUAGCACAAAAAUUAUGCACAAGCAAAGCUUAAUUGAUCUUUGCACGUACGUACCUACACAACACAUUUGGUCGUCGCAUUCCAAGUAAAAACAUGCAGGGUUGGGGAGUUGACCAGGCUAUGUUGACGCGGAGAGGAUGUUAAAAUUCUUUUUAAUUCCGGAUUUGGAGCUCGUAAAGACGCGGAGAUUAAUUUGCUUUGAAGUUUUUGCAUCGAGAGAUUUGUGGAACUGUACAAGCUAGCCUCCAGGAUGGAUGGUGAGGAUACACAGACCUCAAGUGAAGUUCCUCAAGGUGAAUCUAAACCCGCUGUAGCAACACCCACUGAGGACGACACGACCGGCCAAGAUCCAAGCCCUGCAGCAGAAGAAACUCCAAGCCAUUCUACAGCUUCUGGUACUGAAGGAAAACCCUCAGAUGGUAUUUCAGAUGGGACAACUUCUGUAACUGUGGACAAUGCUUCAGAGAAACCUUUAGAGGCACCUUCAGAGGAACCUUCAGAGAAAUCUUCAGAGAAACCUUCAGAGAUACCUUCAGAGGAACCUUCAGACAAACCUUUAGAGGCACCUUCAGAGGAACCUUCAGAGGAACCUUCAGAGGAACCUUCAGAGGAACCUUCAGAUAAACCUUCAAAGGAACCUUCAGACAAACCUUCAGAGGAACCUUUUAAGAAACCUUUAGAGAAACCUUUAGAGAAACCUUCAGAGAAACCUUCAGAGGAACCUUCAGAGGCACCUUUAGAAGCCGAUGCAGGAUCAGAUGGCAUUUCAGAUGGAACAACCCUGUCGUCUGUGGACCAAACUGUGAAGGAGAAGUCCCCUGGAAGUAGUAGUGGGCACUCUGUGUGUGUUGUCAGCACCACGCCGAAUGUUGUCGUGGAGAAGGUCGGUGGCGGGCUGAUGUCGUGGAACCUGACAGCGACUGGUGGCGAUGUCGAUGGGGAGGUAAUUUCCCUCCCAAAUAUCUCUCCCGAUCUCCCGAUGUAUCCCGAUCUUGCCCCAUUGUAUGCAAGCGAAGGAAUCAGUGAGGUGGCGCCGUCUGCUUGGGGAAAGGAGACGGGAAGCAUCUUUCCCUUGGAUCUAGGCGGUGCCUCAACGAUAUUGACCCAGGACCAGAUCCUCAAGAUCGAUGCUGCCUUGAAGUCCGAGCAGAUCAAGUCGGGGCCCAACCCACUUCUCCAAGUCCCUCCUCAAGAUAGCAUCGAAAGCAUGGCCAUUGAAGAACCAGAGGAUCACCAAGAGGAUCACCAGCAAGAAGAAGAAGAAGAAGAGAAGAUUCAACUCAACAUCGACAGUGUGCUCAACAUUGGAGCUGGAAGCUUUAGCACCAAGCAUCUGAUGAACCAGGUCAUGAGCAGUGAGAUACUCAUGGAAGCCAUAGGUGAUGAUGGGAUCAUGGUUGCUGCAGCAGCGGUCGUUCCUCAGACAACCAGUGACGGGGAAUCGGAGAACGGAUCGACCACGGACUCAACGUCGGAGAAGAAGAUGGAGGAUAACCUCAAGAGAAGGUCUUCCAGGAUUGCACACAUAACAGCAAAUGAUCUGACCCUGAGACAGUCCAUGAGAGAAAAAGAGCAGAAGAAGAGAGAGCGACAGGAGAAGAAGCGGCAGAAAGAAGAAGAAAGGAAAGCAAAGGAUUCUAAAAACGUGACGGUUGUGGAAAGUGGAAGUGACUCUCCAGAUGCACCGAAGGAGAAAGGGGAAAAAGGGGCGGAUAUAAGUAGUGAAAUUGCAAAAUACCUGAUGGUCAUUGAUCAGGAGAUUAAGCAGAGUGAAGCUCAGAAAGAGGAAGAUUUGAAGGAGGAAGAUCCAGCAGUAAAGAAGGAAGGAUCAACAGGAAAGAAAGAAGAUGAGAAACAGCAGGAGGGUGGCACAGGGGAAGAAAAGAAAACAAGUCUUAAUCUAUUUGAAAGCCUCGGCAGGGAUGCGUCAAAGAAAAAAGUGAAGGAAGACAUUGUGAAGGAAACCACAGCGGGUGACAAGGAGAAAGAGAAACCUGAUGCAUCUACAUGUAGUCAAAGAACAUCUGAUGCAGAGUCAAAGAAUGCAGACAUUGGUGAAGUGAAGGAAAAGUCAUUAGAUAAAAAGGAUGAAUUGGAGUUGGGAGAGGUGAAGGAGGAGAAGGAAACGGGUGAAUUGUCCGAUGAUGAAGAAGCUCAUGCUGAACCCAACACCAGUGUGUACUGGAUGGACCAUAGCUAUGCUGCGAGUCAGGCUCUACCAACGACAAGUAGUGUACCUGCACCAGCCCCGGUGGAUUCCCCUACAAAACGCAGCACUCGAAGAGAUACCAGGAAAGCGAAGAGCGCCGAAGAAAGUUCUGUUGAUAAUACAGAAGAAAAGAAAGAUGAAGAAAAACCCAGGCGGUCUUCACGACGAGAAUCAAAAGUGUCAAAAGAGAAAGAGAUCAAAGAGACCAAGCAAGAUAAGAAGUCUAAAUCGAAACGUGAUCACAAGGACAAGGAAUCAUUGAGAAAUAAGGACAAAGAGGACGGUCGCUCCAGGUCAAAAGAGAAAAGUAGCAGUAAAGAGAAGGAAAGGCAUCGAAGUGAGAGUAGAUCAAAGUCUGUGGAUGACAAAGAUAAGGAUAAGAAGAAAAAGAAACAUAAGGAGAAAGACAAGGAGAAGGACAAGGAGAAGGACGAGAAGAAGGACAAGGAGAAGGACGAGUCCAGAAAGAAGAAGUCUUCUAAAAGUUCUAGAGAAGUCAAGAAAACAAAACUUGGUGAUGAUGAACUGAGUGAUAUUCCAUUUUCAUCUGAAGAGGAGGAGCAUGUGGUCGAUGAGGGCGAGCAUGAUUCAGGCAGUGAUUGGACUAGUGACGAUGAUCCAGAGAAACUAUGGUGUAUAUGCAGAAAGCCCCAUGACGGAAAGUUCAUGAUCUGCUGUGAUAAAUGUGAGGAUUGGUUCCAUGGCAAGUGUGUCAACAUCACUAAGAAAGAAGGCAAGCGCAUGGAGAGCGAGAACCUCAGCUGGAUGUGCCAGAAGUGUACUGAGGAAGAAAAGAAUGGGGCAGCAGACAAGUCCAAGGCAAAGGAUGACAAGAGUAAGAAGACCAAGCAAGACUCAGAGGACCCGAGGGAUGCACGCUCAAAGGAGAAAGAAAGAAGAAGGAAGAGCAGCGAUAGGAGGAGAGAAGAAGAAGAAGAGGACGAGGAGAUGGAUGAUGAUGAGGAGGAAGAGGAGAAGAAGGGGAGGAGAGGGAAGGUGUCCGAUGACAAGAAGAGGAAAAGGAAGAGCGAUGCAGGGACGAGGAAAGACUCUGAGUCAAAGAAAGAGCCCAAAGAGGAGGUUGCCAGCAAGAAGAAGCGACUCAAGUUCUUCCGACCCCCUCCCCCCAAGCAGCACUGCAUCGGGCCGCGUUGUGAGAACUGGGCGCGGUCGGGCUCGGUCUACUGCAGUCCGGGCUGCAUAGUGAAGCACGCUAAAGAGAGUAUGCGCCUACUCACUGCAGAGAAAGAGAGGGCAACAGGGCUCAAAGCGAGGAGAGACUCUGCAGGUGGCUCUACUAGCAGCUCCACGCAGUCACUGAAGCUGAGAGAGGAUGAGCGCAUAUCUGUGAUAGAGCGUCACACAGGGCGGCUACGCACAGGGCUUACAGCACCGACGUAUGAAGAACUGCCCUACUGGCUGGGUAGACAUCCAACGUAUGAAGUACUCAGGCCAAACAUCAAACAUGGAUACACAACAUCUUCAUUCCACUCAGGUAAAGGAUCGUCGAAGCACAAACCUGAAUCAAGGAGGCUCUCACACGAGGUCGUUGACCCUAUCAGGAAUGUCUCGUCCUCCGACACGGAGCGUAAGAUAAGCACCAAGCAGAUCACCAGCCCCAACAAGGACGGUGGAAAUGCUGGGGCAGACAACCUUGAGAAAAGACAGCGAGAGAGGAGAGAAAAGGUUCGAUUGCUCCUUGAGAUGAAGAGACGGGAGGAGGAGGCCAUAGAGAGGGACCUGGAGAGGAAGAGGAUGGAUGAGAGCCGACGCAAACGAGAGGAGGAGAAGAGGGAGGAGGAGGAGAAGAAGAAGAGAGAGGAUGAGAAGAGGAGGAAAGAAGAUCGAGAGAGGAGGGAGAGGGAGAAGAGAGAGAAGGAAGACCGUCAGAGGCAACAGGCGGAGAACAGUAAGCUUGCAGGGCAGGCGUCCGAGAGUGUUAGGGUUAACGUUAAGAGGACUCUUCUGGAUGUUCUCCUUACAAGGGUAAAGAAAGCUCCCGAUGUGAAGAAUGUAACAGCAGACGAUGUGAAGAGGGUAUCCAAGCAGGUGGAGUUUGAGCUCUAUAAGCUCUUCAAUGACACAGGUGCCAAGUACAAAGCCAAGUACAGGACUCUCAUCUUCAACAUCAAGGACAUGAAGAACAAGGGUUUGUUUCGUCACAUCUUAAAGGGAGAGAUCUCUCCCAGGAACCUGGUGCGCAUGUCAUCCGAUCAGCUGGCAUCACAAGAGCUCAUGAAAUGGAGAGAACAGGAGGCUAAACAUGAGCUGGACAUGAUAGUCCAGACAGAGGAAGAUAAGAAGGGGAUGCACAUGACCAUCGUCAAGAAGACACAUAAAGGAGAGGUAGAACUGGGAGAGGAGGACAACCUAGGAGAAUUGGUACCCCAUUCCAAAGACGAGGAGGGAGCUUCUAAGCAGUCCAGCAGCUCAUCGCCGGGCACGGAUCUCAAGAGCCCUUCCAGACUCUCCUUUACCUCUCCUACCAGUCAUCCUGGGGGCUCCUCCCCGACCACGCCCACCUCCCCGACCACUCCCAAGAUCAUGCUCGUGGACACCACCGACCAACACAAGGCACAUCUCUUUGAUCUGAACUGCAAGAUCUGUACCGGUAAAAUACCGGCUCCUAAGGAGGACAAGGUCUCCAAGAAGAAGGCCAUUGUGAGGAAAACCCCCAAGAUCAUCAAGAAAGUGGUGGUGAAAGAAGAAAAGAAGAAAGGAGGAGGAGCCGUCAGGGAGAAACCGGUCAAAUUCUUUGGGGAGGAGAUUGAGGAAAAGAAACCUAAAGAGAAAUCCGUCACCGAAGACCUCUACGAUGACCUGAUGGAGACUGUUGGUGGUGGUGACGAUGACGACGAUGAUGACGAUGAUGAUGAGGAUGCUGCAGUGAUCAUAAGAGAGCCGGUUGAUGAGGCCAAAACACCCCCAGGUAGUCCUACACCACCUGCAGAAGUGCACACCGCUCCCAAACCCGUCAAGGAGAAGAAAGCAUCGCGACCCUCGCAGGUCAAGAGGUCGAUGUCGUCGGCAUCAAUGACAUCAUCACCGGCCUGGAGAGGGUUCAUCUCCAUGCAGGAAGUGUCAAAGUUUGUUGCCGUGGCGCACCAUGUGUCCGGCCCCGCCGAGAGUAUACCCAUGGACCUGCAAGACACACUAGAGGUGUGUGGUCGUAUCCCCUACAAGAUAGUAUGGGACUACUUCAGCAAGCUCAAGCAGUCGCAGUCGACGGAGAUGACCAUCAUGCGCUUCCAUGUCUGGCAGGACGACGAGGAAGCGGCCUUCUUCUCGCUCUUCGACUACUUCUACACGCGGCAGCGCAUUGGCGUGGUCGGGAAGAACCGGCCUCACGUCAAGGACUUUUACCUGAUAGCCCUGCCAUCCAGCGACAAGGUUCCCCACCACAUCCUGCCGUUCAACGGACCUGGUCUGCCAAAAAAUCGACCACACAUGUUGCUGGGCAUAGUAGUCCGACACAAGGAGAAGCAACGCUCAAUUAGCCUUGAUGGAGAGUUGGCCCCAAAACCCAUCGGCCAACCUCCCCGGGAGCCUCCAGCGCACCACGCCUCUAAGAGGAAACACCAUCAUCAGUCUGCUCUAGACAUCACACCUCCUGAGAACACCAUGUCGUCAUUCCGGUCCAGUGUCCCCACGAUGCGGGAAAUUUCAGAUCUCAUCACCCCUAAAGAUCUCAAGACGAAGGAGAUGUAUGUGACCGAGGAGCAGCUGGUUGAUCCUAUCGUGGCGCAGUACGCCAACGUGGACCCGAAGGAACUUGAAGUAGAGUUGGAGGAACCGUAUUCACCGACGAGGGAGGAGCAGGAGGCGCCGUAUGAUCCGUCGGAUCAGAUGGAUGACUGGCUUCAAGGGCGUAGCAUGCCUUCUUCUGCUGUGAUCCCUAAAGCUGCUUUCCCUCAAGUUCCUCCAGUGGUUAUUCCAGAAGAGAAAAAGGGGAAUCCCCUGAAAGGGGAUGGUGGUGGUGUAGAGAGCGGGGUGAAGGCAGCAGACAUUGCCAGUGUGGCAGCCGAUGCAUCCCAGGACAUUCUGAGUGCAUUCAGUGAACAGUCGGGUCUCACGGAACAACAGCAGCUACUGAUCCAACUCACCAAGCAGGUGGAGGAAGCCAAGAAGGCCCUUCUGGACCGACAGAUAGAGUCGCUGCAGUCGGAGAUCAACAAAGCUACAGGCAAAUUAGGCAAGACCAAUGAACAGACAUCUGAUGAAGCAGGUACCUCACCGGAUGUCCGAUUAGCCCAAGCAGAUUCUAGUACAAUGACUCCCAAGGAUGAUGUUACAAGCACUCCAGGAGGACCUGGAGCAGAUUUACUUCAGGAAAGGUCUAAGAGUAAACAAGAGAUACAACCAUUGUGCCCACCGCCCAAUCUGCCUCCCUUUGCAGUGGGAGCAGUGUUGUGGACUGCUAAUGCAGAAGCAGCUGCGCACAAACAAAGCCCGAAUAUGAACCAACCGGAGCUGCAAGUUAUGCAUGGAGUGGCAACAGGUAGCACAACAGAUAGCACAGCUUCUUCAACAUCUCAUGCAUGGACCCAAGACAUUAGCCAUCAGCAACAACAUCCUCAGCAACAUCAUCCUCCGCAACAACAUCCUCAUCAUAUGAUGCAGAGUGAGCAGCAUACCGCUUAUCUACAAAAAGACUUGCCAAGGCAUCCUGAUCCAUUGUUAAAUCAGAACAAGCCACAUUCACAGCCAGCUCAUCAUCAUCCACAUUCCAUUGCCCCUCACCACGCCCCUAUAGGCCACUCUCACCCUCACCCUUCCCCACCCCAAGGGCAGCCCCCAGCACCAUUCCAAGCCCCACCCAUCUCUCAACAUCCACCAGCCCCCCACCGUCCACUCAUCCCUCACCAACCACUUAUCCCACACCAACCACACCAACAACAACAUCCACCUGCUCCCCGGCAACCACUCAUCCCGCAUCAUCCACCACCAGCUGCUACUUCGUCUGUACCGGUCACCAAGAAACGUAAACUGGAGCCACCGCCUCCCGGGGAGGAGGGAUGGAAGUACGGGGAUGAUGAUAAGGGCGGGGUCGGGCAUGGGCAAGAUCCAGGCCCAAUUGGUCAGCGAAGGCAACCCCAUAGAGAAGUGGACUACAGGAGAGAUGUAGACCUGCGGGAAAGCGGGGGCCAUUUUGAGGACAUUGAAGAGAGGAGGCCUUGGGGAGAGGAUAAACCUCAGGAGGCAUGGGCAAGAGAACAAUGGGAGCAGGACAGGAGGGGAGGAAAGGAACCCUGGCCAAGUCAGCAGUGGGGGCCCACGGGGGGAAGGGGCAGGGGUAGGGGGUAUGAUGACUGGUCAAGAGAGGAUAGUCAUCCAUAUACAACUGAUUACCAGCAUAGACCAAAGGAACGGUUACUCAAAGACCCAAGGGUGGGUCAUGAUAGGCCUAUAUCAAGAGAUUACGGACAUGGGGCUCGACCAAGAUAGUUUAUGACCAAGACAUUUAGUGGUUGCAUUUAAGUUUUAAUUUCAUGGAUAUCAUGUCAGGUUCUAGCUACGUUUAGGCUUUCAAUUCAAAUCACAAGAUAUACUAAAUUUGUUGCAAUGUGUUUGUUAACGUAUGGAACAAAAUACUGUGGACUUUCUACAAGGAUUGUUCUCAUCAGUGACCCAGGAUUGGCUCCUGUGACACUUCCUAUGAACUUCAUCUGUCAAAGGUAUAGGGUUAGUGUUAGGGUUGCAAAAAUAUUUUUGGUUAUUUAUAGGGUUAGGGUCAGGGUUAGGGCUAGGCUUAGAUAUAGUGUUGAGUCCAUGUCUGAAGUUCCAAAUUUGACGAGUGUAGGGAAUUGAUGCAGAGUAAUUUUUUUCGUAGGAGCAUGUGUCAAACAACCAUGUAGUUUGUCCUGUUGUAUUUCUUAUGCAAAGAUACAGUUGAAUGUUUUCCUCUUACUAAAAUACCUCAAGCUUUCAACCUAGGUAUCCAUGAUCAAACAAAGAAAUGCAGUCAAAGUUACACUUAUAAAAAAAUAGGUACCGGUGUUAAAAAAUUAUGGAAUAAUGGGACUGUUGGCACUUUCUUUUUCAUGCUUGUAAAAUUGUAAAUAGACCUGAUAUCUGUAUAAAGUGUUGAUACCUUUGUUAUACUUUCUGUAAAAUUAUCAAAAUCAUGUACAUCUUCAGAGCUAUUUUUACCCUUUUUACGUGCUUGCCUUCCAUCCAUAGUUGUGGUCAUGUCAUAAAAGUAGGAGAAGCAAAUUUGAUUAAUAUGUUUCAAAAGUCUAUUAAUUAAAAAAAUAUAUACUGAAGUAUUAUUUGUAAUACUAAUAUACAAAAUAAUAAA